GGAUUCUCAAAGGUACGUUAUUCGAUGAAAUUUGCGGCGAUUGAUGUCAAUGCUUUGCUGUGGAGUCGAUUGUGCGGUUCAAAAUUUACACACUCACGGAUCGAACAGGACAUCAUAAUGGCUCGUGACAUAAUGAAAGCGGCCAAGUCGGCAUCCAACGUGAUAGCUGUUCACAAGAAAUACACUGUUCAAUCAACUGGUAUAUGGGAGCGUAUCCGCCGCCUUUUCGCCAUUGACCCCGAUCGCUCUACUGGCGUUCCGUUGAACUCCCAAUUUCGCCUGCCGGCUCCAGGAUCUCUUCCACCUUUGUCCUAUGAUGAUCCAGUCACUAUCCCCGCAGGCGACAUUGCCGAUAACCCUUACUGGAAGCGAGACGUGCGAAGAAAUUACCCCAGGCUCAGUACGGUCAGCCAGGCAGAUGCCGUUGGUCUUCUCAGCGUAGGAAGUCAAGCAGCACCCAAAGAGGUUCUAAAGCUCGGUGAAGCAGGCGAAAAGCAGCUGGUAUCGAUCAAAGAAGAGGGAGAGGAGCGCGGUCUCGCCGGUCUUUUCAAGAAAGACAAGGCGGGAGUCAAAGGCGUUCUGGGUGCAAAUGGGUUGCCACCCUUGCCUUGCAGCUUGAAUUCUUCAGCCUCCAAGUACCAGUUGGGUCAUGAACAUGGCUACCCUGGCGUGUACCCCUGUCGCACUUUUGUUUAAAUAUACUUAGGUGUAGAUAUGCAUUAUCAUUCUUCAAAUUCAAGUGCUAUCCUGGGCUCGAAUCUUCCCAUGCAAAUUUUACGUGCCUGUAACUCGAAUAUCUGAUACAUAUAUCUUGCAUCCGAAUGUGCUAGACAAGUUCGGAGGAUGAACAACUCUCCUUUUGCGUGGGCGAGCUCAUUGCUCAAAACAUAUAUUGAACAUUGUCAUACGAUCUACUUACCUACUACUCAAUGUGCCCCAGUCAGUCAAGGUCGGUCGUUAUUCAGGAUUGAUA